AUGAAUUUACUGCCAUGGUCAACAGAACUUUCAAGAAAUAUGACAUAUCUUGAAGACUCGACCUCUGAUGAGUUUCGGUUUAAAGAUGAGGAAUCAAUCAAAUUUAUAAUAGGAGAAGACCAAUAUGUUAUAUCAAAAAAAUCAUUGUGCGCCAUCAACAGUAGUUACUUUAAGAAUAUCUGCCUUACACAUAAGGAAAUAGGAAAAGAUAUGACAAAUGAAUUAGUAACGAAUAAGGAAAUACGAUCUUUUCAUCAGAUUUUAUUAUAUAUUGCAACUGGCUCCACUGAUUUCUAUGGUGAUUAUGGGAUGCUUAAAGAUUUAUUAACAGCAGCUGAUAAAUAUGAUGUAGCAACUUUAAAAUUAACGUGUGAACGUUAUUUGUUACACUAUAUUACAAUUGAUAAUGCUGUGGAACUUAUACAGCUUGCGUUUUCGUCUAAUGCAAAAUUUUUAGAAACACAUUCGGCAGCUUUUAUUAAAUUUCACAUAGAAGAAAUUAGGUACACUGAAACAUUUCAAAAUCCGCAAGAAGAUUUAAAUAAGAUAAUGGAAUUGAUUGAGAAAAGUAAAAUGCUUGAAAUCAGUACUCAUCAAUUUUUUUCGUUACCACCUACGAUAAAAGAAACAUUUACACUGGCUGAGAUUCACUAA